AGGAGGCUGGCGUUGUUGCGGCGGGCUUAUUGUAGCCCAUUGGAAACGAGACUAGAAAGGGUCAUGCAGCAGCAGCUGUCAUCCCACACCCUCUCCCUCUCCCUCUUCCAGCGCACAGCCUCGGCCCCUCCAUCUCUCUUUGCUCGCCCCUGCCGUAUCCUCCCUCUCCCAUAAGGUACAGGGACCUCAAGGGGUAUGGAAGUGGAGAAGUAUACUAGGGAGCCCAAGGGGAGGGAGGAGCAACCGCAGCAGGUCAGGUCUGCCUAUGACCCAACAAAGCUCGGUACAAACCACUAGGAAGGAGGAGGUCGCCAGAAACCACUAGCUAGGAAGGAGUGAGGGAGGACUCAGGAGUCUAGCUAGUUUGUUCGUCCCUCCCUCCCGCGUCAGAAGUCAGAACUAGCCUAGCCUAAGCCGAAAGCCGAAAGGACUCGGUGCUUGCGUGCGGCGGAUGGCGACUUCGUCGUCGUUCUCUGGCCCCGGCGGGUCCCCGGCCCACGCGUCUCCGGGAGGCGGAGGCGGCGGCGGCGGCGGCGGUGGCGUGGGGUCGUACCACCACCACCGGUCGCGGUUCGGCGACACGACGCUGACCAAGGUGUUCGUUGGCGGGCUGGCGUGGGAGACGCCGUCCGAGGGGCUGCGCCAGCACUUCGACGUCUACGGAGAGAUACUCGAGGCGGUCGUCAUCACCGAUCGCGAGACCGGCCGCUCCAAGGGCUACGGUUUCGUGAUUUUCCGGGACCCGGACGCGGCGGCGCGGGCGGUGCAGAACCCGAACCCGGUGAUCGCCGGCCGGCGCGCCAACUGCAACAUUGCGGCGUUCGGCCCGCCGCGGGCCGCGCAGCCGAGAGGGAGAGGAGGAGGAGGAGGAGGCCGAGGGCCGCACGUGCCCGAUCAGCCGCCCCAGGGGUCGCCGUCGCCCUACAGGGUGCCAUCGCAGAUGACCCCGCCUCAUCAGGCCGCCACGUUGUUCUACAACCCCCAGUUCGGGUACUGGUACCCACCUGAUUAUCCAUACCAACAGGCAUUGUACAAUUCUCAAGUGCUACAACAUUACUACCCUCAGAUGUAUGGUCCAGCCUCUCCUUCAGGACCAGCCUACCAAUACAUGGGCUAUAUGCCUGGUGGCCCAAGUCCAAGGACUGGAUUCUCGCCGAUGCAGCAACCAAUGCGACAACCCUUCUUUCAGCAGCCAACGACACAGAUGGAUGGUUCUUUCCCAUCAGUCCCUUCGCUUCCACCUAAUUUCAGACUCCAGCUGCCCCCUCGUGCAGUCUCAAGGGAAUCUGAUGAUGCAUCUGCAGGCUCCCAGUCAGCCCAGCCAGUUUCUUCAACUCCUGCUACAGCCACAAACAACGAGGAAGAUUCGAGGCCUGUAGUGUCUGAUUCAGAUCCAAACACACCAAAUUGACUUAGUGAGAAUCCUGGCAACACGAUGUGACUUCAAUCUGGUGCAGGCUAUUGGUAGUCUGUAACAGAGUCUUCAUGAUACUCUCACAUCUUGACUGAAAAAGUUCCCAAAGAUUUGUUCUUUCAUUAUUUCUGAUUCUUUUUUUUUUUGAAUUCUUGCAUUGCAUUUCUUCACCGAAUCCAUUGUACGGACGACUGAAUUUCAAGUUCAAACUUCAGGAAUUCGCUAGCAUAUAAGUUCCGUGGCAUGUUAGCGUUCAAAGUACUGCAGUGCUGUUAGUUCGUAUCUCAAAUAUGCAGUACAGUUUUUCAUUGAGGAACCA